ACCAAUGGCCAGGUUAGUUCGACGGAUUGAUGAGGAUGGGUACACCAUCUUGCACCAUGUUGGAGUCAUGGAGUAUUACACCGGUGGUACCGUGCCUGGUCCUGUUCUCCAAUUACAAGAAGAGCUCCUAUGGUUUGAGCGUGUUCAGAAGAUAAUACCCUCCCAUUACGAGAUGCACCGUUGCCAGAUUAAGCAAAAGACCGCUCAAACCCAUCAAUUUGAUCUUGAAGCUCAAGCUGCUGAAAUCCAUCAUGUCGCUCAACCCACUGAAGCCUCUCAAAAUAUUCCUCCAAUCCAUGAAAUCUCUGAAUUAUCGCCUCUAAUCCCUCAAACUGCUCAAGAUAAACAAUUUCAAGAAAUGCAUGCAAGAAUUUUGAAGGAAGUACAAGAAUUACUGAAACGGACCUCUCAAAUCACUGAAGCCUCUCAAACUGCUCAAACCGCUCAAGAGUUAUUCGAACAAAGCCAUGCAGCACUUUUAAAGGAGGCACAAGAAUGGCUAAAACGAACCUCUGAGGCUUGCUCUGCUGUUGCUGUUCUCAUUGCCACUGUUGCCUUUGCAGCUGCUUACACUGUCCCUGGAGGUUCCAAUCAGGACACUGGGGUUCCCAUUCUACUACACGAUCCUUUCUUCUUGGUUUUCACUGUCAUGGAUGUUCUCUCCCUCGCAAGCUCUUUGACUUCUGUAGUCAUGUUCCUUUCUAUCCUCACUUCACCAUUUGAGCUCCAAGAUUUUCGUCACUCUCUUCCUCAAAAACUUACACUCGGCUUCACCUUCCUCUUCUUCUCAGUGGCAGUGACCAUGCUUGCUUUUGCGGCAACAAUUAUACUCAUCAUUCAUUUGAAGAAACGGUGGACUACUACGCUUAUUUAUACUGCAGCAUUUCUUCCAGUCUCUGUUUUCGCAUUGUUGCAGUUCCCUUUGUAUGUUGCGUUUAUGAGUACAGUGAGGUUCUCUUGGAAAGUGAUUAGGAGCGUUCUUCCUAGCUGUUUCCUCCCAAGUCGAUUUAAGAACACUACUACGGGCUCUAUUUACAAGAACCUCUGA